GAUAGGGAGCCGGCGUCGGCGGGCGGCCAGUGUCGCGGUGCAGUGGAGGCCGGACGGUGUGGCUCGUCCCGAGCUCCCUCAUCGCACUCCUGUCAGAGCCCAGCCAGCCCAGCUCAGCCGACCAUGGCUCGUCCGCUGCAGAUUGUCCUGCUGGUGCUCAGCGCCGUCACACUCGUACUCGCCGGUCAUGAAUCGUGGACGUACGAAGGAGAACUCGGACCGGACCAUUGGGCUGAUCUCGGCUUCAAGAACUGCGACCGCCACCGGCAGUCGCCAAUCGCCAUCGAAACCAGCAGCACGGUCCGCAAACGCAUGAAGCCACUCGAGUUCUACCACUUUGACGAGAUUCCGCUCACCAUGAACCUAACCAACAACUAUCACAGCGCCGGAGCUACCAUGACCACUAGGAAAGUACCCAUGGUGCGGAGCGGUGGUCUGCCGGGCAACUUUGAGGUGGUUGGAUUCCACUUCCACUGGGGUCUGGACAGCACCACCGGCUCGGAGCAUACCGUCAACGGCAGACACUAUCCCCUGGAAAUGCACGUGGUCUGCAAGAACACCGAUUACGAGGAGCUGCAGGAGGCUCUGAAACACGAGGAUGGUCUGGCUGUGCUCGCCGUUAUGUUUGAGUUGAGCGAAGCCAACAACCGUGCCAUCGGCCGUCUGGAGGAAGCGCUCGCUCAGAUCACGGAGGGCGGCAGCUCAGUGCCCGUCGUGGACCCGCCGCGGCUGCAGGAGCUCAUGCCGCUCAACACCAACGACUUCUACCGCUACGAGGGCUCUCUGACCACUCCCGGCUGCUACGAGGUGGUCACAUGGACCAUUUUCCAGCACCCCGUCAAAGUCACCGAGGCGGAGCUGGAGCUGUUCCGCUCGCUGAAGCGCACCGAGAAGCUGCCGAUCGGGCACAACUACCGGACGCUGCAGGCUCGCUACGGUCGCACCGUCUACCUGCGACGACCCGAGGACGAAGAGGACAUCUACUACGACGACCACGACGAGCACGAGCUGCUUGACGAGCUGCACAAGAAGCUGCUGGAGGAGGAGAUCGCGCUGCUGCAGCGGCAGCGCGGCGGCGGGCCAGGUCUCCGGCCGACCGCGCUGACGGCGCUCGUCGCGGCCGUCAUCGCCGCGGUUCGUCUGUGAGGUGAUGCUAAGGGACUUGGUCAAUAGCUUUGGGAGGCGAGUGGGCGCAAGGGACGGGGAGGGAGGGGGCAGCCGUAGCGGCUGAUGGCCUGGCCCCGAGACGGCAUUGGUGCGGCAUUUAGGCGCCGAGCGGGCGCGUCCAGGCUGUCUUCAGUGCGCGUGCGGGACCGACACCCACUCUGUACAAUCGUCGGCGGUCGGACCGGCCGAGCCGCGGCCGCGUGCAAGUCGGUGACGUCAUCUCUGACGUCAGAGUGUGAUAGCAGUGUCAUAAACGGGAGUGGUGCUGACUGCUUGUCUGAAGUCAGGGAGCCCAGGACCCAAGUCGUCCUGAAGCCAGUUAUCGAGCGUCUGCGACCACUACCGAUGGCUUUUUCUGUCAGCCCGCCAGCAACACGUUUAGACUUUUGUCUGCGUGUUGCAUGCAAAAGGAAGUUUACACUCCUUGGCGUCGGCUUCAUUGUGGCCUCUUGUUGACGAUGUGAACCAUGCAAUAUGUGUACUUGACUGACUCAUAUGUUUAUCCAUGUGUGACCGCAGUGUGAACGAUUGUAUACCAUGUGUCAAACUGCUCGUAUUUAUGUGUUCUAACACUGUUUACCGCUUACUUCUUCGCUCCGCAUUGUCGUUUUGGGUCAUGAUUCAUAUUUUCCUUUUCUAACGUCCGUUAGACGUCUAUGUAUGAAAACAACAACAACAAAAAAAUCACAGCUUGCAGCAAUAUGUCCAUCAUCUGUCUACAACUGAAGCUGAAAAGAGGCUCGUGUGAGUGUGAUGGGAAUCUCGCAAUAAAACUGAAUCGUACAA